GACGACGAUUCAUUCACCAGCUCUUCAAGUUCUGUUUACAAACAAAAUUGCCGAUGUUACCGCGCAUGCGCUGUGGCUGUUUCUCGCGCCCCUCACCAAACCCACCCUUCGCUCGCUGUGCAAAAAUAUAUCCAAACAUAUGGUACAUUUGACGCCAGAGAAAAUAUUUUAAUAGAAAAAACAAAUCGGUGAAGUUCCAAAAUGGGUAAUCAAUUCAAGAAUGUGGCUGUUAUAGCUUGCCUGAAAACGUUCUUGUUUAUUUUCAAUGUAGUCUUUUGGAUUACAGGUCUUCUGUUGCUGACCGUGGGUCUGUGGGCGGAGUUCGAUCUUUACAAGUACAUGGAGCUCUCCCCGGAAUUCUCCGGAACAGCUCCACACGUCAUGAUCGGCAUCGCAGGGCUGAUCGUGCUCAUCAGCUCCAUCGCCUUCUCCUGCAUCAUUAAAGGACAACCCGUCUUGUUGUUUAUCUACGGUGGAUUUCUGGCAUGCAUUUUCAUGAUGGACGCAGGCGUAGGCGCCUCCGUGGCCUGCUACAAGGACACGUAUGCUAAAGGGCUUUACGAUGGACUCACUCAAACGGUCAUCUCUUACAAUCCUCAGAAGGCUAAUUUUGAUUUCGCACAAUCUACGCUACAUUGUUGCGGCGUGUCCAACUACACUGACUGGAUGAAGAUGUCGCCCCAAAGGGUGGUACCGAUUUCCUGCUGCAUCGACCCCAACAAUUGCAUCACGGCAAACUACGGUGAUAUUUAUCAAAGGGGCUGCUAUGAGGUCAUAGUGGAUUAUCUGGAAAGCAACAUGGACGUGUUGAUCGGCAUCGCUAUCGGCACCGCAUUGCUGCCGCUGCUCGGCACGGUCCUGUCCUGCUGCCUCGCCAGCUACAUCAAAAAAUCCAAAUAUGACGUCAUGAAUUAAUCUCCUUUCUACCACCGCGACUCCAAUCAGGCCUUUGUAUUCCUCAUACUCUACAGGGUAUGCGGAAAUUGAAAACUCAAUUCUUCAAUUCUUUGACUGAUUUUAAAUUAGAUUUACUGUAGAUGUCGUUAAAAUGAUAACAAUUUAUCCAUUAUAAACAGGAUAUAGCUACUGCUUGAUUGCAAUUGUAUUGUUGCAUAUCUAUUGAUUGUAUAUUAUUUUUAUUAUAUUUGAAAUAUAUUGAUGUUAAAUGAAGCAUAACAAAGUUUAUUAAUUAAAAAUAUUUUCAAAUUU